AUGGACGGAUACGCAAAGACCUGGCCCCGCAUCCUCCUCCGCACAGAAGGUGCGGCCAUCUUCGCCUCCACCAUCUGGGCCUUCUCCCGUACCGGACUAUCAUGGUGGUACUUCGUAGCAGGUCUCCUCCUACCUGAUCUAGGCAUGGCCGGCUAUCUAUCAGACUCGAAACUCGGCGCAGCCAUCUACAACUCUGUGCAUACCGAGACGCCACCGAUCGUGCUACUCUGCGCUGGCAUGGCUCGAAAGAACCCUUUGCUGAGUGGCGUGGCGUUCAUCUGGUUGGCGCAUAUUGGUAUGGACCGGAUGCUUGGGUAUGGCUUGAAGUACGGGACCGGGUUCGGGCAUACGCAUCUUGGUCUUAUUGGGAAGAAUGGUCGCUUGGAGAAGUAG